AUUGAUCACGUUUCCAAAUGUCCGACUUUGAUCAUCUGUUGGAUUGAACGCCCUCUUUCAGUCAAUCCAAUAAGCUCCCACUUGGUACGUCAGGCACGAUAAAAGCAAGCCAGCAUGCAUGCAGGAGUUUCUCCAUUCCAUCUCUCCGCAGCCCCGUGAUGAAGAAGACAGAGCUAUCCAUAGAAGGUAGACAUGGAUCUACACUGUUAGCAUGCACAUUUUUGUAGGAGCACACUCAAGGCUGAAGCAAAGAGUCAACAGGUUGUUGCCUCACAGACAGAGCAGUCGCCAGUGAGAAACUGGAGCAUCGGAGCGGCGCGAGCACAGACCCCCAUCCGUGGCCUCCGUACAGCAGCCUCCAACAAGUCGGCAUCAAUCGCCUGCCACCAGGGAAGAGACAGGUCAUGGAGAAGUUUUUCAGGCCUCUUCACAGCCCCUCCGGCCAAGGUGAGGUGGAACAGCGGAAGUACCACCGUCCCAAAGACCCGGAGUCGCACAGGUUUACACUCUUUGAUGAUGCUGAUGGAAAUCAGGAAGAAAACCAAGGCCACCGCCACCGCCGUCUCCUCAACAACACUCACCGCCAUCAAAUGCAACAAACUCCUCACAAGGACGAGGAUGAGAUACUUUACAACCAGGACACUCCUGGAUCUCUCUCCAGAGCCUCCUCCUCUUCCCUUUCUUCCUCCUCUUCGUCCUUCUCCUCGUCAUCCUGGUACACGGAGGCCAGCUCCACCGAUCCCUUCUCUCUUCGCCACGCCGAACGCCCGCAGCAUUCUCUGUCCUGCUCCAACAUCCCGGACGUCCGCAGGGUUUUCCGGGAAGACAACAGCAGUGAGCCGAUUGUCUUUGCUACAAUUCGGCACGGCCGCAACGGGAGUGCUGGGAGUCACAUUGGUGGGAGCCCACAACAGACGGCGAGGGCUGACUUUUCGCCCCUUGACCGGAGUCACAGCAGGAGUGAGGAGGGCCUCCUGAAGGUGAACGAAAGCCGCAAUGGCAGAAAGCAAUGCAAGGCACCAGACGGCCGGCAUCUGUACAAGGCUUCAAGUUUGAGUCGAAGCUUGGCUUUCAGCAACGAAGACCUCCUCUUGGGAGUUUCCAGGGGCCCCAAGAGAGCCGUGUCAUCCAGCCAGCUUCCCAGCAAAGGAAUCCUCAAGAACAAAGAGCCUGAUGCCGACAUACGCAAAGCUAAGUCGAUGGAGGUCUUAUCGCCCAGAGUUCCCAAACAACAGGAUCGCAGCAGACAGACGGGGACGGCGGCGGACCAAUCGGAGAUAGAGCGAGCCAGGGAAAAUUUCCUUCAGGGAAAGUUGCAAUUUUCAGCUUUCCUGGAUGAGAUAACAAAGCAGGUGAUAAGUCCAUCGUAUCUCACCAUGCUUGGCAUGAGCAAUAACACAAGCAGCGACACGACGUGUGCGCCGGAGCCAACACUCGACCCCGUCAAGCCCCAACUCCCACCGAAGAAGAACAGGAGGAGCUCUGCCGAAGAGAGGGAACAGUAUCCCAACAGCAACAACAGGCAGGAGAAAGGUGCUUGUGGCGUCUCCAGAAAAUACUCGGACUGCUCCAAUCCUGACAGACUGCUCUCAUAUGCAUCUCGCAGCCACCAUGGUAGCCCCCCGCCUCAUCACCACCACUUCCCCCCCAGUCACAAGGCUAACCAUGGAAGAAGCCGUAAAGACAAGAGGAUGUCACCCAUCGGUGGCUCCUUGUCUGAGGACGGGCACGGAAGAUAUGGUCCCCACCCAACCGGAACCGGAACCGGCCCUGAACCUAGCCAGCCCAAACCGCGGCACCACCACGGCAAGCAGCCCACCGCCCUGCAUAGCACACACAGCCAGCGCUUCCCUCAACUUCAUCAAGGGCACUCUUGCUCAAGGUCGAGCACCUCGCCACCUUCCUCGGCUCAGGGUGCAAGAACGGGCCUCGGAUCGGAGUCUUCAUCCGGUAAGUCAGACUCAUCCAGGACUCCAGACACAACUUCUCCUGCCAGCAGUCACAGCGUGGAGCAGAGCGGACGCCACCAUUCCGAGAAUUUGCUCAACUCAAAGCAAUGCAGAGACAGGCUGUGGGAUUCUCAGCAGCUUCAUGUGCUUCAGGAGGAGAAUACUGAUCUCCACCAGAAUUUGCUGCAGACCGUGGUCUGCAUUGAGAGCCUGGAGUCGGAGCUGCAGAGGACCAGGGACGAACUCAGCAAUGUGAAAGAGAAAUAUAAAAGCCUCCUGGAGACACACUCCGGAAGCAGGCAGGCCAACCACCUGCUGGGGGAACACUUGCAAAUAGCGUCGGAGAGCAUAAGCGGUGAGAGGAAGUAUCUUCUCAAUCGUGUGUCCCAGCUGAGCUCGGAGCUAGAAGACGCUCACAGGACCAUCGCUACGCUGGAGAACAUCAAUCUUCCCUCCCUGAUGAAGGAAUUACUGCUGAAGCACUUCAACUCCGCCCAGUUUCUGACUCCGCCUGCUCCUGCCAUCCACUCUGCCAGCCACUCUUCCAGCCC